AUGUCGUCCUCUUCUACUCCUUCCAACGCGUCCUCCAGCAGAUUUGCACCAUAUCGCAAUGCGCUCAAAGCAUUGUCAGCGCGUACUGGCACUCCCCUACCUUCUCUCAUAGUUUCCUUUGGAAUUCUACAUGAAGUCACUGCUAUCCUUCCGAUUAUCGGCAUAUUCUAUGGUGCUCGCUCCCUUGGCGUUGGCGAGCACAUCGUCGACACGAUAGCCGUAGCAUCUGCGAAAGCAGAUGUUAACCAAGUCAAGAAGAAUUGGUUUCUCAGUCAAAUGCACGAAUGGAUGGACGAGGGCGAACAAUGGACAUAUCGUGUUGGUCGCCGAUACGGCCUAUUUGGCUUCGAACAGCGUCCACAUGGCGAGCCUGCUACUCCGCUAGAUGACGCGACACGAGCAGAGAUGAAAGGUCGACUCGCUGGCGAUGUUGCGAAUGCCGUAUUCGCCUAUGGUGCUACUAAGGCACUCUUACCUGCCCGCAUCGGACUAUCUCUCUGGUUUGCACCCACCUUCUCGAGGCAUGUUCUCGAUCCGGUUAGAUACGGUCUCGUGAGGGUGCUGCGUAGACCCAAGUAGCCUUCUCAACCCACAUGUAUAAGUUCUAUCUAGGUGAGCAUUUCUUUUGAUUUUUUCCAUGAUGAUUUCGCUUGCCGCCCCAGUCGUAGCCAGUUGGCGUUGACGAAGGGCAGAGCAUACAGCCAAAUUUUUGCACCUCUGAUCUUUUCAAUAUACACGCUUCGUUCAGCCAGAGCUAACUUCUCAUCUCAGGUUGUUUGACGCUUCCGACUGACUAUAAGGAGGCGCUGUGAUAUCACGUAGGGCUUCCGUUCC